GUUUGUGUGACAGAUGGACAUUUUAUCACUUGAUGUUUGGAAUUCCCUUGAAAAAUACAGAUCCACGUGUUUUAGAAAAACAAGAAUUACAGCAGCCAACCUAUGUUGCCCUCAGUUACAUUAAUAGAUUCAUGACAGAUGCUGCCCGCCGAGAGCAGGAGUCCCUAAAGAAGAAGAUUCAGCCGAAGCUCUCGCUGACCUUGUCCAGCUCAGUGUCUCGAGGGAAUGUGUCCACUCCGCCACGCCACAGCAGUGGAAGCCUUACUCCUCCCGUGACCCCACCCAUCACCCCCUCCUCUUCAUUCCGCAGCAGCACGCCCACCGGCAGCGAGUACGACGAGGAGGAGGUGGAUUACGAGGAGUCGGACAGCGAUGAGUCCUGGACCACGGAGAGCGCCAUAAGCUCUGAAGCCAUCCUCAGCUCCAUGUGCAUGAACGGAGGGGAGGAGAAGCCUUUUGCCUGCCCGGUUCCUGGAUGUAAAAAGAGAUACAAGAAUGUGAAUGGCAUAAAGUACCACGCUAAGAAUGGUCACAGAACACAGAUUCGUGUCCGCAAACCAUUCAAAUGUCGUUGUGGUAAGAGUUACAAGACAGCUCAGGGCCUGCGGCACCAUACAAUCAAUUUCCAUCCCCCGGUGUCGGCUGAGAUUAUCAGGAAGAUGCAGCAAUAACAUGCUGGUCAUAACUGUGCCAAGAAAUCCUCACCAGCAGUUGCUGAUUUUGAAAACAGCCACCUUUUUUCAGGGGAAGCAUUCAGCAACCCUUUAAAGAAUUAAAUGCAUGCUUUAAAUUUUUUCUGUAAUUUUGGAAUGAUGUAUCUUUGUAGUUGAUUUUGUACAUUUGCACAUGUAAUCAUCAUACCCAUUUUCAUUACUUUGAUAUAAGGUGCUAAAAAAAAGCUCUAGGUUCUUCAGCACAUUUCCCCCAAAAUAAAAUUGAGGGCAUGUUGCAUAUUAUUUAGUUGUAUUGCAGUGAUAUCAAUGGGGGGGAGGGGCUGGCACUGAGAUUUUUUUUUCCCCAAGAUUGUAAUGUGAUUGAAGUUUUUCAACACAUCAACUCACUAUGUUCAAAACCAAAAUAAUACCUUCAUUAUCAAACUGGUUACCAUGCCUUACAUAAUAUAGUUAGUUGUGAGUAGAAAGACUUUAGGUAAUGGAAAUAUAAAUAAGAAUGUUUAACAUAAUAUGCUAAAAAUAUUUUCAUAUUUAAAUAACAUACAUAAAAGGUGUGCUUUCUGUGUUUUAUAUUAUCUUGCAAAUCCUUUUGCCCCUUAAGCUGAAAAUCUUGCCAUCUGACUUACCAAUCAUUUUAGUGUUAUAAAUGGCAUUUUUGUACAGAAUAGUCUCUUCAGUUCACUCAUUAACACACAUUCAUUGAGUGCCUGCUGGGUGCAAGGGAUUCGGUUUAUGCCUGUUGAUAUUUCUGGACCAAGAUACCAGUUUAGUGAAAUAAUACUUUUCCCUAAAAUCUGUUAGAAAACACUUUGAAAUACUUAAGUGCAAAUUUUGUGUGUGUGAAAUUUAGUUCUAGCUUCAUCUUUAGGUGAAGUUUUAAAGCACUUUGUAGUUCUCUAUUGCCAACAGAUUUAAUGUUUUAUGUGUUGCCAAUUCUUGCAACCACUGCCCUAACAAAAUUGUGGGUUGCAAAUAAUGAAAAUUCCAAGCACGUUUCAAAGAGAACAUUUUUCUUAAGACCCCUUACUGCCUCUUCUUCAUGCUCAUUGUGUUUUUAGACUUUUUUUUAAAGGCACUUUUUCCAUCACAUUGUAGAGGUCUGUAUUCCCACUGGAAAUAUCUGUUUAGCUUUAUAAAACAUUUUGCUGAAAUACGAAAUUGAGCCUUAUUGACAAUUAAGUGCUUCUUGCAGCAGGUGGUCAAAGAGAGUGACCUACGUCUGGACCAUUCCUGAAGUUUUUCUCACCAACAAUACCAUCAUGCCUUGAGUGUUCUUUUCUCCCAAGUGCUAUUCCUUAAACAUGCAAGAGUUUACCAACUGCCUCAUUAUGCAAUAAAAAUUGCUCUGAGAUGAUGGCUAACUGCCCACAAAACUGGUGAAAAGCAAGCUCAAACUGCUUAUAACUUUCUUCCCAUGUUCCCAUUUCAUGAAAGUCUUACAGCUGGGAAGCAGGUGUCCCUCAAUUUUUCAGACAGUUCGAAAGGAUGACAGUUCUGCUGACCAGAUGGGUAAGCUUCUAUAUUCUUAAGUUGUGAAUCCCUCAUAAUGAGGGAUUCACAAGGAUUUAUAAAGACACUGCCCUCUAAAAAUUUCCUCAGAUCUAUGAAGAGUGGUCUUGGUCCUGAAUAUACAGUGUUACAUGUUUAAAAGGGUGAUCAGACAUGAGAAGCAACUAGUUGGUGCAUAAGAAGGCCCUACUUGGAUAUUUCAUAUCUACCUACAAUUGACCAAAAUUUUUUAGGCCAGCAGUUAUUAUUUAGCUUCGCUCCUUCUAGCGCAAGAAACUGUAGGCUGGAUCAGUAGUUCAACAGCUAAAGUCAUAAAAUAGUCAUUGUGCAUGUUAAAUUUCUUUCAACUAUAAAACAAAUUCAAUUUCUAUUUGCUUAUUCAUUGUGACAGUAUUACUAAACAGGUAAGGAUGGGAAUAUUUUGUUAUACCGUGUAUAGUGAAUGUAUUGUACUGUGUCUGUGAAAACUGUGCUUUAAAUUAUAUUUUCGUAUGUUUUGUUGGGGACAGAGCACAUUAAGUUUGAAAGCAACAGAGGUUUGUUUUAGAAGUGAAGGCAACUUAAUCAAAAUUGCUGUCAAGAAAAGCUGCUUAUAAAUGUAAAUGAAAUCACAUUUAAAAUAAACUGCCUCUGACCCAAAAUAAA